AUGACUCAACAAGAGGGAUAUAGCUCUGACGCUCUCCAAGAAGGCAAUCUCCAUCACCCAUCAUGGCCUGAACGCUGGUCACAUCCGGAAUUUACCGGUCCCCUUCGAGACCUCCGGAAGCGCUGGUGCGAGCAGCCCUGGUAUAAACAUAACACCCGCCGUUCUGUUAGGUUUAUCAAAUGGCUUAGUUGUUUACCCUGGGGCUUUGUGAUCUACCGUACUGUUUACACGGCGGAAUCCGACCGGCUCUGGUCUUCCUGCCUCGCCAAAAUCGACCGUUACGUGCACUGGAGUAUUGGAAAUUUCUACGAAAAGAGAUAUCCGGACAGCGACCCUUUUCCCGAGAAGUUUGUGCAGGAAACCUACAAGAAUCUUGUUUUCGCGGAUCGAGAGCGAUGGGAGGGGGCGUCCCUUGAACAGAUCCGUGCGGAUUUCAAACAAUAUUCAGAGUCUCUUGGGAUGGAAGAUGGGUCGCAUAUUCCAUGGUCGCAGGCCUGUCUCGUUAUAGACGAAUCAUGCUUGAACUCGAUUGUAAGUGCCUUCGAAGAUCCGGAGGAGAGUGCAAAUUGGGGAGGGCCUCAGAGAGGGUUUGUGAUCGAGAAGGGUGGGUAUAUCAUGUUGAAGCCGUUUGUGGUGAUGGUCGACCCUACUUUUGAACCGGGGGAGAGCUAUGACACGCCUGGGUACCAAGGGUACAUGCGCGUUGAACUUGACGAUAUUUGGGAGGCAGCGGUUCAGUUGUGUCUCUCCACGGUGCAGGAGAUGUGUCCUAAUGUGACCCCUGCUGAUAUGAUCCCGGUUUACGAUGGAGGAAGCGGAUAUUUGGUUAAUGUGUGA